AUGCCAAAAGCGAAUGUAUGUUCAGAAGUAACAAUAUCAAACAUCCGGCUGGCAGUACGUCAAGCAGUUGCAGACUUUUGUGCCAACCCGGAACGAACGGUUGAAAGUAUCGUAAAUGCUAAAUUUGAAAAUUUCGUUGAACCAAUUCAGCGCCUCAUUGUAGCUCGUCUUGAAAGUAUAUACACAUUUGCAGUUUAUAUAUUUCAGCACAGCAUAUUGUCACCCUCAAACGAACCACCAUCGUCCGAAUCUGUGUUGAGAUUUUUGAGCGAACAUAACGAUGAAUCAGAGAAAGAUAUUGUGCAACGUUUUGAAAAAGAUAAUGCUUCGUCGCGAAAACAUAUCCACAAACAUUGGCAGGAAUUUAGAACUUCUCCUCUAAUGCCAGUUAAUCCACCAGCUCCAACUAUCGAUAUUCCGCGUUUGGAUAAUCUUACUAGUGGUCAUUCAUCAAGGGACAAUACAAAUAGAAGACGUCGAGAAUCGUCCAAAAAUCCACAAAAUUCAAACUCUUUUUCUUUCUCAAAAAGUACUUCAACUACAUCAUAUACAUCAAGUAAUUCAUCCUUAUCAUCUAAUGGUUCGCUAUUACAAACAAUUCAGAAAAGCGAACACAAACAAAAAUUGUUACCUAUAAGGAAGUCGAGUACUACUUCAUCGCGCAGUGUUACUGAGCGAUCAUCUCAAUACGUGAGAAGUAAUAGCAGUGUAAAUGUGAAUGACGAAGUUUUGGUAGAAAUUAGGAAAACAGCCGAUGUUUCACUUCCUGUCGUUUUGAAAGAAAAAUUCGUACCGAGUGUUCCAUUGAAGGAAGCAACUAUAUAUUCAACGUCAACAAAUGAAAAAUCAGAAAUGCCAAUCAGUUUACGUUCAGAUGAAGAUAAAGUGACAGUGCAGUACAUUCCAACAAAAAUUCCAACAACAGAUGCAGCUGUUUCCACGGAUCCUGUAUUAAUAGAUAAUCAAUCAGUAGAGAAGGUUGAAGUGGGUGUCAAUACCAUUAUAGAAAUUAGUAGCAACAUGGCGGAUGGUAGUUCAAGUUCAAAUACAACAUCUGAUAAUAGCGCCGGACAGUUACCAAAGCGAUUUUUUGACAUUGUUUUACAAAGGCCUUCAUUGAGGAUUGUAUCUUUACGACCAGACGGAAGUAUUGUCCCUACAAUUAAUUCAGCUUCACCAAAUUUUCCCAGUAUCCGAGAAUGGACACCACUGGCUAAUGAAGGGAGCGCAGAAAAAUCAGACGUAGCUUCAGAAGCGGAGCUUUGCAACAUGGCAAGUGAAUCAAACUUAAUUCAUUCAGGAGACAGUGGAAUGGAAAAGUUAGAUAGUGUCUCAGCAUCAGCAUCACGACCUGACCCUUUCGAAGAAGAUUUAAAUACUCUGGCGAACAUUUCACCGCUUCCACAUUCUUAA